AUGGUACCUGUUGAAAACACUGAGGGCCCCAAUCUGCUGAACCAGAAGGGGAGAGCCACAGAGGCCGAUGGCAGCAACACAGCCAGCAGCGACGGGCAUCCUCCCCGGGCUGCGAGAGGCUGCGGCAUGUUUGCUUUCCUGUCAUCAGUCAUUGCAGCUGUCAGUGGCCUCCUGGUGGGUUAUGAACUCGGGCUCAUCUCUGGAGCUCUUCUUCAGAUAAGAACUGAAUUAGCCCUGACCUGUCACGAGCAGGAAAUGGUUGUGAGCUCCCUCCUCAUUGGGGCCUUCCUGGCCUCUCUCACUGGAGGGGUCCUGAUAGACAGGUAUGGAAGAAGGACAGCCAUUAUCUUGUCAUCCUGCCUCCUUGGACUCGGAAGCUUAAUCCUGAUCCUCUAUUUAUCGUACACGGUUCUUAUCAUUGGACGCAUUGCUCUAGGCAUCUCCAUUUCUCUCUCUUCAAUUGCUACUUGCGUUUAUAUUGCAGAAAUUGCCCCGCCACACAGAAGAGGCCUUCUGGUGUCACUGAAUGAACUUAUGAUUGUCAUUGGCAUACUCUUCGCCUAUAUUUCAAACUACGCAUUUGCCAAUGUUUCCCAUGGCUGGAAAUAUAUGUUCAGCCUUGUUAUUCCCUUGGGAGUUUUGCAAGCAAUUGCAAUGUACUUUCUUCCUCCAAGCCCUCGGUUUCUGGUGAUGAAAGGACAGGAAGAAGCUGCUAGCAAGGUUCUUGGAAAGUUAAGAGUGAUCUCAGACACAACUGAGGAACUCACUGCGAUAAAAUCUUCCCUUAAAGAUGAAUAUCAAUAUAGUUUUUUGGAUCUGUUUCGUUCAAAGGACAACAUGAGAACCCGAAUAAUGAUAGGCCUAACCUUGGUGUUUUUUGUACAAAUCACUGGGCAACCAAACAUAUUAUUCUAUGCAUCAACUGUUUUGAAGUCAGUUGGCUUUCAAAGUAAUGAGGCAGCAAGCCUUGCCUCUACUGGGGUUGGGGUUGUCAAGGUCAUCAGCACCAUCCCAGCCACUCUUCUUGUAGACCACAUUGGGAGCAAAACCUUCCUCUGCAUAGGUUCCUCUGUGAUGGCAGCUUCGUUGAUGACCAUGGGCAUUGUGAAUCUCAACAUCCACAUGAACUUCACCAAUAUCUGCAGGAGCCAUAGUCCAAUCAACCAUUCCUUGGAGGAAUCUGCAUUUUAUGGACUUGGAAACCUGUCAGCCAACAACAGUCUCAGAGAGCCCUUUAAAGGGAUCACUUCUCAUGGCAGGAGCUUCCUAACACCCAAGAGAAAUGAUGUGAAGAAGAGAGGGGAGAUGAUCUUGGCAUCCUUACCAAAUGGUGAACUAAGCCAACCUGGAUACCCAAUAGUCACAGAUCCGGGGGAAGUCCCUGCCUUUUUGAAAUGGCUCUCCUUAGCCAGCUUGCUUGUUUAUGUUGCUGCUUUUUCAAUAGGUCUAGGACCAAUGCCCUGGCUGGUGCUCAGCGAGAUUUUUCCUGGUGGGAUUAGAGGACGAGCCAUGGCUUUAACUUCCAGCAUGAACUGGGGCAUCAACCUCCUCAUCUCUCUGACCUUUUUGACUGUAACUGACCUUAUUGGCCUGCCGUGGGUAUGCUUUCUAUAUACAAUAAUGAGUCUGGCCUCCCUGGCUUUUGUUGUUGUGUUUAUACCUGAGACAAAGGGAUGUUCUUUGGAACAAAUAUCAGUGGAGUUGGCAAAAGCGAACUAUAUGAAAAACAACAUUUGUUUUAUGAGUCAUCACCAAGAGGAAUUAGUGCCAAGUCAGCUUCAAAAAAGCAAGCCCCAAGAGCAGCACUUAGAGUGUAAAAGACUGUGUGGUAAGGGACAACCCAAGCCGCUUUCUCCAGAGUUCUAA